AUGUUGUUGCGUCCAUUGGUCAAGGGCCUUGCGGCUUGUUCGAUUAUUCUUGCUGUCGAUGCAAAGCGACCUCAGGGUAGCUUGAAGAGAGCGAGUGCCUCUGACUCUGGGGAACUUCAUGAUUUCCAGGUCGCUCCGCCUGUUCUGACUCCAUCAGCGAAUGGGAAAGGCAAAAAUGAAUAUGGAUGUGUCGUUACGCAGACGUUGAUGGAUUUUGACUUUGCCAAUAGCUAUGGCACACCAUAUGUUGACUGUGACUUCAACCGAGUUACAAUUGAGUUUACAUUGACAUCCAAGGGCAGACAAUAUGAUCGCUUGGCUCUUUUAUACUUCAACUCCACCGAAAUUUGGAGAACCUCCACAGCAGAGCCAACCACGGAUGGAAUCUACUACUCCUACACAAAGGAAAUGCACCAAUACCUCCCUCUCUGGAAGGAACCUCAAAAGAUUAUUUUCGACCUUGGAAACAUUGUCAACUCCGAGUACACUGGAAUCUUGAACACAACUUUGACAGCUACCUUCUUCACUGUCCCCGAUACCCCCGCUGCAGCCGAUCAGAUCUUACCUAUUUCCCGCCUUCUCGGAUCUAGCAAUGAGAGCAGUGUGGCUGUCUUGCCUAGCGAGAAGACUGCUGUCUCUUACACUUUGCCCCAGAAUCUCAAGCGCGCUGUGAUUAGUGUUUCGGCUUGUGGACAGGCUGAUGAGGAAUUUUGGUACCAGAAUGUCUUCUCCUCUGAUACCGAGACAUUCGUGAAUGAGUCUAGUAUUCUGUAUGGUGAUGGACCCUGGAGAGAAGUUCAGGUCUUGAUUGAUGGGAUGCUGGCUGGUGUCUCAUGGCCAUUCCCAGUUGUCUUCACCGGAGGAAUCGUACCUGGAUUCUGGAAGCCAAUUGUCGGUAUUGAUGCAUUUGACUUGCGUGAGCAUGAGAUUGACAUUACUCCAUUUAUCCCCUACCUCUCCGAUGGAAAGCCUCACACAUUUGAUCUCCGUGUUAUGGGCAUCAAUGAUAAUGGUGGCGAAUACGCUACCAUGUCCAAUACCACAACCGACUCUUGGUAUGUGACUGGCAAGAUCUUCUUGUUCGAGGACGAAAAGGGUCAUGUCACCACCGGUACCAUGCCAGUUAUCAAGGACCCUGCUCCAUCGCUUCAUAUCACACGCUCACUUGCACUCAACGCCACCGGCUACAACGACACUCUCACAGAGACUACCACGGCUAAGAGGUCGCUAUCUAUCAGCAGCACAAUCAAGACCUCCAGUGGAAAAGAAGAGGUUUCUUGGAGUCAGGACAUCACAUACGAGAACUGGAACCAGCUUUCAGACUACGGCUGGUUCCAAAGCACCGUGCAAAAGACCACAGGAACUGAUAAAACGGGCUCAGGCAUCGGGUACUCUGUUUCAUACGAUUAUCCAAUCAACUGUGACUGGUGGUGGAUUGAGUCAGGCGAGGACCUCGGUCUUUGGGGAAAUAUUUCCCGCGCGCUCACCUUUGAUGUUGGCGGACCAGCGGUUUUCCCCAACGGAGUUCAAUCAUCGGUACUUGAUACUUCAGCUAUGAAGGCCCAGUCUGAGUUCUCUACUGUUGAGAAGACCUUUGCCAAUUCUGGUUAUGGCUCAAACUUGUACACUUAUCAGUCUGCGACUGGAACUUACUUCAGUGAUGAUUUGAGUACCACCAGCCCAACCGAGAACUUUGGAAGCUUGAAUCAGACUAUGACAUUGAAGGGCGUGGCAUAUGAUGGUUCUGUUGAGAGCUAUUCUCGGAAUGUUGCAACUGUCAAUAACACAAUUACCCAUGAUAACCAAGUCUUUGAGUUGGGAAAGAAGUCGACUUGA